GACGCAAGUUGACCCGUAUCUCCGCGCUAGGCUCCGAGGCUCGAGCGCGCUUGUUCCACUCGCGACUCUUGGGUGGUAGGAAAACAUCAGGGCUAAAACGAAUUAUCGCCGCCGUUCAGCGCGAAUCGAGACAUAUUUCCGUCGCAUAAUCGUAAAGUGCACCGAGCGUGGUGAAGCUGUCGCGAUCGACAUCAUCGUCGCGAAGUGACGUGCAAAUCAAAACGUGAUAGUAUGAUGGUCUGAUCGCGGUUCCAAUAUGACCGUGGACUUUGUUGACUACUUCUGGGGCGAAAAGAAUAAUGGAUUCGACGUUUUAUAUCAUAAUAUGAAGCAUGGUGUAAUCGCCAGCAAGGAAUUGGCUGAAUUUUUGCGUGAGAAAUCAGCUAUAGAAGAAAAUAAUUAUAAGCUCCUUAGUAAGGUAGCGAAACAGGCAAGCAAUAGCACGCAAGGAACAUUUGCACCUGUAUGGGCUGCUCUGAGAGGUGCUGCUGAGAAACUCGCUGUUUUGCACUUGCAAAUGGCCCAGCGGGUAACCGAACUUAUAAAAGAUGUAUCAAAAUACGCGGAUGAACUACAUAAGAAGCAUAAGGCUGUGAAAGAAGAAGAAUCGUCUACUUUAGAAGUUGUACAGAGUAUACAGAAUAUUACAGUGACAUUGCAUAAAGCGAAAGAUAUGUGUUUACAAAAAGGUCUCGAAUUGGAAAAGUUAAAAAAGGACAAUGCCAGUCAGAGAGAACUGGAAAAGGCGGAGGUUAAGUUUAAAAAGGCCCAGGACGAUUACAAAGCGCUAGUGGAUAAGUACACUAUCAUACGGAAUGACUUUGAGACAAAAAUGACUCAAGCUUGCAGGCGAUUUCAAGAUGUCGAGGAGACACAUCUGAAGCAUAUGAAGGAAUUUUUAAAUACAUACGCCGAUGUUUUGCAAGCUAAUCAUGAACAAGUCGGGCAAGUGCAUAUUGAUUUCAAACGGCAAUGCGUCGAUAUGACAGUGGAGAAAUUAUUAGAGCAAUUCGUUCAGGGUAAAUACACGGGUUUUGAGAAGCCAGGUGUGAUCGAGUACGAAGAGGUCAUGACGAGUUUAGCCGAAAUGACUAGCCACUCUCAGUCCGAAGGCAGCGUAGAGAUAUCUAAGGAAACAUCAAAGGGCACCAACGGCGAAACAGGCGUAGCCGGUAACAGUCAUAGUUCAAAGAGAGAUCAGGGAUUAAAAAGGGUGGGUGGUACGUUGAGGGUACUGGACGGGGAAAGCGGGAGGGUGAUACUAGAAAAGGAUAGAGAAAAAGAAAGACAGAAGGAAAAGGAUAGAGAACUGUCACAUGUACAAGCCACCAAGGCUUCCCGCCGUACUACCUCGCUACUCAACCUGUUCAUGUCCAACUCCCAGGAAAAACAGAGGCAAGCAGGGUCGUCUGGUUCGGCACCUGCCACUCCUCAAGGAAACAACCUGCCUCCUGCUGUUCCACCUCCCAGCAUCUCCAGGAAUCCUCUCAGAGGAUCUAAAUGGUUUCUUCGCAGUAGGAGAGAAAAACGAAAGGAAAAGAAGGCAAAGAAGAAGAAGGAUCUCGUAGAAACAAGCAGCAACAAAGAAGAAAAGUCCGACCUGUCAGUAUAUGCAUGCACAGCAGACCUAGUGCACAUAGAGGAGGAUAAAGAGGACAGCAGAAAGUCGGAAACACCAACUCCGGAGGUGGACGAAGAUGGUUUUUGUAUCAGACCGAAGCCAGAUCCUUGGGAAAAUGAGAAGGGAUUUUAUUCAAGUUCGGAUACGGAUUCGGAGGACGAGAGGGAACGUAAGAUUCGAGUGGAGAUAAAACCUCUUAGCAACGGCGGUGCACCCAUGAGCGCCAGCGUGGAUGAACUGAGGGCGACAGUGGAAAAUUUGUCCUUAUCACCUGCACCAACAGGACGUAGAGGAUCAAAUACCGAUUCCGAUCAUCACAUGAAAAGGUCUCAGUCAGUGUCACAGCAAUUAGGAGGUAAGCCAAGCUCAGAUUUACUUGGCCUAAACUUGUUCAAUCCUAGCAGUACACCGUCGAGCGCGUCGACACCGACCGGCAGCCAUCCUUACGCCCCACUGCAGAGUCCUCCGCCGCUCUCUACGUCGCCGACCUUGUCGCAGCCACCGCAGUCCGCGCCACCAAUACAUUCCCAUACCCGAUUCCCAGACGGGGAUUUAUUUUCGGAAGUUGGAGACAUCACGCCGGCGUUACCGCCCAAACAAUCUGCGUCUUCGACACCAACAGGGUCAAUCGUCAUACCCAGACCACCAUCACGCAGAGGGGACGGCCCUUCGUCACGCGGCAGAAUGUCACCCGCGACGAUAUCCCGCGCCGAUAGCGUUGCCAGCCUAGAAUUUCGCACAGCCGGCGUAGGCGUUGGCUCCUCACGGGGGCCGUCUCCGCUCACGAUUGGUCUAGCCGAUACUAUUCCAUUGGCGGUAGCGUUUCACGAGAUAGUUCAUUCCUAUUUUCGCGGCACGGAUGAAACCCGGUGCCAGGUGAAGCUUAGCGGCGACAUGAUGCUCUCGUUCCCAGCCGGCAUUGUUACGGUUCUGACGAACAAUCCUAAUCCCGCCAAACUUACUUUUCGCGUGAGAAAUACCAACAGACUGGAGAGGCUAUUGCCGAACAGUCAGCUUAUUAGCAUGGAUGCGACACAAACUACCGUCGAUAGUACGAUCUUCGAAUUCAACAUGAGUGCCUUAACUACGUUGCUACGGCGGCAAGCCGAACAGAAUCCCUCGGCCUCGUAUUUCAACGUAGACAUCCUCAAAUACCAGAUCAAAUGCAAGGACGGUGCCGGUUCUUGCCCUUUUCAGUUGGUCGCGUAUUGGAAAUGCGAGACGACCCACACCGAUCUCAAGAUCGAUUACAAAUAUAAUAGUCGCGCUAUGGCCUCACCGAGUCCUUUACUGAAUCUUCAUGUGGCAGCGCCCAUCGACGGCGGCUUCAAGUCACUCAACAGUAAACCCCCGGCGCAAUGGUUAUCUGACACGAAUCGCGUAUUGUGGAAAUUCACAGAACUUUCGCAACACAGCGAAGGUAAUGGAGUCGGGUCCCUGAAGGCGCGGGUCGAGCUCGAACAUGGUCCGGGCAAUCAGGGCACCAUAUUCACCCAGUUCAAUUGCGAAGGGACCACACUAUCGGGCAUCGAAUUUGAACUCAUAGGUUCUGGAUAUAGAUUAAGCUUAGUGAAGCGAAAAUUCGUGUCUGGAAAGUAUAUAUGUGACGGAGAUUCAGAUUCGCGUACCAGAUACGCCGCGCCGCCAUCUAAUGUAGAUUGACGACUUCCAGAAUGGGCGCCUCAAUGGGAGAGCCAGCCUAUUUAAUAUUGGUAUUUGCUUAAUCAUUCACUGCCCAUAUCAUGACUAUCGAUCAUUCAUAACCUGAAUACGUAUAAAGAAUACGUAUGUAUAAAGAAGUCUGUUGGAUAUCAAAUGUAAGUCGGUCGAAUAUCAAAUGAAUCUUUCUUUUUGAAAAUUAUGGGUCAAUGCGGUUUGUUGUAAGAAAAAGUGUCAUAGAGCGAUAUUGACCGAAGUACUAUGUUUCUUUCGAUAAAAUUUAAACGAUCGAAAUUCUUUUUAACGCCAAUUAACAGUUUCUUUAUAUGCGAUAUUUAUGUAUUAAACUGUACCAUAUCUUAGUAGUAACUUGUAAUUACAAAAUUUAGAAAUGAAAUAUUACAUUUGAUGCUAAAUGCAUUUCGAUUAAAGGCAGAUUUCGAUAUGACUUUGCAACUAAAACAAACAAGUAAUAUAAAAAUCUGACUUACAGUAAUCAUUUGACAACAAAUAUAUGUUUUAUAAUAUGUAUAUUAUUUAGUUUUUUCAAUAUUCCGUAUUAAGAAUGCAUUAAUAUUUUAUUGAAAGUUUAAUCAUAUAACAUGAUAAUUUUGUCUAUCAAAUGAUUAAAAGAUUUUUGCAAGAAACUCUUUUGAUAUCCAACAUAUUCUCUAGCACAAUCACUUCCGCCAUUUGAUUCUCUCUACAUAAUCAAAAUAUAUAUUGUAACGUUCUUUUCUCUUUUUUUUAUCUUGAUUCUACCAAAAUAUAGUACAACACUCUUUA